AUGCAGGGUUCUUCUGAUGCCAGCAGCGCGUCUGACGACCUCUCACCAUCCCAGCCUACUCUCGAUUCCGCCCCGUCCGCCAACCGCAACUUGAAGAUUGCCAUCCCUCGGCUGGCGCCGCCUUCCGUAAAGGCCAACCAGCAACGGACGCCACGCGCCUGUGUCGCCUGUCGCGCCAGAAAGACCAAAUGUGAUGGUCGUCAACCUGUUUGUCGCCAAUGUCGUCGUCUGGAUCUCGUCUGCAAUUAUGCCGGUUCUAAGCGCGAGCGACAACAAUUGGAGCUCGAAUCCGUUCGCAACAAGGUCGUCGCCUACGAAUCGCUUCUCAGCGACAUCAUAACCGACACGCAGCGGACGGGGGCUUCUUCCAUUGAGGACAUUCUUAAUAGACACUUCCAAGCAUCUCCAGAUGUCUUUGCGGCGCUGCUAGCUGCCAGAUCCAUAUCGGAUCCUCAACUCUCACCGCGGCCAAAACCGGGGAUUUCUUUAAACCGCAUGCACAUAACUUUGGCCACUAAACCAAACAGCACUCUUCAUCCUCUCACUGAGACCCCUCUAGUACAGGUCAGCAACAUCCAAUCCUGGACCGACCUUGUCGAUAACACCACAGCCAGCCACCUUCUCAGCCUCUUCUUUGCCUGGGAGAAUCCAACAUGGCGUUUAGUCGACCAGGAGAUGUUCAUCCGCGACCUGGAGAGCGGGAGUAAGCGGUUUUGCUCGUCGCUGCUCGUCCACACGCUCUUAUUUUUCGGCUGUGUAAACGCCACUGCAAGCUCUUCCUACCAUUUGGGGCGCAUCACUGAUCGGCGGGAGGAGAAGGCUCUGGGCAAGAAGUUGUACUCUGCCCUGCAACAUCUGUGGCAGUCAGAAAAGGAUGAUGCUAGCCUUCCCACGGCGCAGUCCAGCAUCAUGAUCGGCCUGCUCUGUUGCACCUUUGGCAUUGACCGCUUGGGGACCCGCUACAUCAUGCAUGGCGCCCGGCUUAGUCGGCAGCUGGGGCUUCAUCGCGAGUCGGCCCCUUACUUUGCUACUGAUGUAGAGGCCGAGGUCGACUCGUUAUCCCGGUGUCAUAAGUUCGUUGCUUGUGGCGUUUUCGAUGUGCAGGCACUCGCGGCACAAGUUUACCGAAAGACACCGGUUUGGGAUGAACCGCCUGCUGCGAGCUUCUCGCAGGAAGAGGCCGCGGUGUUGGAUGAAGGCGGCGAAGAAUGGAAGCCCUACCCUUUUCAGACCCCGGUCUUUCAGCCUUUCAUUCACACGGCUUUGUGCUUCCGCAACAAACUGGUGGCGAUUGUCAACGAGACUGCCAGGUUCGCGUUAAAGUUCCCGGACGUCAAGCUCACCCAAGACGAUUGGGAGUACGGCCGUCAGACCUUUCAGAGACUACAGGAGUGGCGGGCAAGCUUACCAUCCGUCCUUUUGCCAGAUGAAAAUCCUGCGCCGAAUAUUCUUACACUUCACAUGUACUAUCAGGCGACGGUCGUGGCGUUGUGCCAAAUCUUCAGUUUAAAUGCCGACCCGAAAAGCAAUCAUCCUCAAUAUCCAGAUUUCGACCCAGAAUCGAUCAAGUUACAGUCCCUGGAUACACUUGGAUCCCUCGUUCUCUUGUUCCAAGCAUCCCACGGACUCAAAUCUGUUCCCAUCGUGAUGCUACAUUACUUCCUCGUGGGCGGCAUGCAUGCCAUCUCUCAAUUACGACCUAUGGACUUCAAGUGGAGCUUUGUCCUAGAGGCUUGCGUGGUCGGGCUGUGGCACCUGAGCCUGGGAUGGGGGCGCAUGUGUACGGCAUUUUUGCGGACGAUUGAGCUUAUCUUGGAAGCUACCAAACCGGACCCAACGCUGGUGCCGCCCAAGGUGACCGCUGUUCUGCGGCUUUUGAAGAGCAAUCUUUGGACGGCGACCGAUGUUACUUCUCUGUCCGCCGACUAUGUGGUGCAUCAUGUGCCGGCUGCUGCAGGACACUCCGGGCCGCAGUUUCGGGCCGCAGGGCUAGAACAGCUGAUCCGUUCUAUGGACGAUUUCGCCAUCAGCUAA